CCGCCGCCUCCAGCGCGCCCGGCCCGGCCCGCUCCGGGAACAAUGGCAGAGACAUUCCUUGUGGAGAGUCCCGACGUCACGUACAGCAAGGAUUUCAUCGAGGCCAAGUACACGUACAGCACCGUGCACGUCUGCAAGGAGAACGGCGUCACCAAGGUGCGGCCAUGCUCGACCCGCUUCACCUUCCGGACGGGGCGGCAGGUCCCGCGCCUGGGGGUGAUGCUGGUGGGCUGGGGGGGCAACAACGGCACGACGGUGACGGCGGCUGUGCUGGCCAACAAGCUGGGGCUGUCCUGGAUGACCAAGACGGGGCGCAAGAAAGCCAACUACUACGGCUCCCUGCUCCAAGCCUCCACCGUUUGCCUGGGCACCGGCCCCACCGGCGACGUCUACGUGCCUUUCCGCGACCUGCUGCCCAUGGUGCACCCCAACGACAUCGUCUUCGACGGCUGGGACAUCUCCUCGCUGAACCUGGCGGAGGCCAUGCGGCGGGCGGAGGUGCUGGACUGGCCGCUGCAGGAGCAGCUCUGGCCCCACCUGGAGAAGAUGAAGCCCCGACCCUCCAUCUACAUCCCCGAGUUCAUUGCCGCCAACCAGGAGGAGCGGGCGGACAACGUCCUCCGCGGGUCCAUGGCUGAGCAGGUGGAGCAGAUCCGCAGGGACAUCCGAGACUUCAAGGAGACCAGCGGGGUGGACAAAAUCAUCGUCCUCUGGACGGCCAACACGGAGCGCUUCUGCGACGUCGUGCCGGGGCUCAACGACACCGCCGACAACCUGCUGCGGGCCAUCGAGCAAGGCCUGGAGGUGUCCCCGUCCACGCUCUUCGCCGUGGCCAGCAUCCUGGAGGGCUGCGCCUACAUCAACGGCUCCCCCCAGAACACCUUCGUGCCGGGGGCGGUGGAGCUGGCCGCCCAGCGCCGCGUCUUCAUCUGCGGCGACGACUUCAAGUCGGGUCAGACCAAGCUCAAGUCGGUGCUGGUGGACUUCUUGGUGGGCGCUGGACUCAAGACCAAGUCCAUCGUGAGCUACAACCACCUGGGGAACAACGACGGGAAGAACCUCUCGGCCCCGCAGCAGUUUCGCUCCAAGGAGAUCUCCAAGAGCAACGUGGUGGACGACAUGGUCCAGGCCAACCCCAUCCUCUACGGCCCCCAGGACAAGCCUGACCACUGCGUGGUGAUCAAGUACGUGCCCUACGUGGGGGACAGCAAGCGCGCGCUGGACGAGUACACGUCGGAGAUCAUGAUGGGCGGCACCAACACCAUCGUCAUCCACAACACCUGCGAGGACUCGCUGCUGGCCAGCCCCAUCAUCCUGGACCUGGCCAUCCUCACGGAGCUGUGCCAGCGCGUCACCUUCUGCACCGAGGCCGACCCCGAGUUCCAGGGCUUCCACAGCGUCCUCUCCAUCGUCGCCUUCCUCUGCAAGGCCCCGCUGGUGCCCGAGGGCACCCCCGUCGUCAACGCCCUCUUCCGCCAGCGCAGCUGCAUCGAGAACAUCCUGAGGGCCUGCCUGGGGCUGCCCCCUCAGAACCACAUGCUGCUGGAACACAAGAUGCAGCGGCCGGUGCCCAGCCCGAAGCGCGCCUGUCCCGGGGGGGCCGCCUGCCCCCUCGCCCCCAAGAAGGCGCCGGCGGCCACCCAGCUCAAUGGGCACCCCUGCCCCGGCACCCCCCGGACGGGGCCCCCCCGGCCCCCCCUCCACGUCGACGGGGCCGACUAA